GAUGUAGUCAUCUGCAUAUAUUCAACAGAGCAGGGCUGUACUCAUGCCCAUAAUCCAUAAUGAUCUGCAUAUGUUUACUUUGCAUUUGCCUCACACGUAGUGGACGGUGAUUUUUUUUUCGUACCACAACUGUUCAGAGGCAGAAGGUCAGCUGCUUUUAAUAGAUCCCUCCGAGAAUCCUACACCAGCUAUUAAAGUUGUGUCCUGAAAUAGCACUCUUCCUUCCCUUUACCAAGCCCUGCCACUCUGUUUUUGUCUGUCUCUUUCUGAACAGAGUGUCCACCAAGAUGAAAGUUGGAAUCGCUGCUUUGGCUGCAGGUAUUAUUGGUGGGAUUGGAGUCCUCUUAUUCCUCAUUGCAUUUGGAACAGACUACUGGCUGUUGGCAACAGAAAACUGUACUGCUUCCAGUGAGCUCUCUCCUGCUGCCGAGAAUACAACUGAUUCUCCAAAACCAACUUUGUUUUUUCACCAUGAGGGCUUCUUUUGGAGGUGCUGGUUCAAUGGGGAUGAAUAUCAAGAGACAAUUUGGAACUUCUGGUUUACUAGCCAAGCUCACCCCAAGCACUGCAUCCAUGGAUAUCUUUUUCCUAUGCCCAUCGCUCUAGGACCUGCCCCUCAUCCAUCUUAUGAUCCCACUGCAGUGUACAGAGGAUUCUGGACUGCGUUCAUCAUCCUAGCUGUUGCUGCCAGUCUUGUGGGAGGAUUGCUGUUGGUGUGUGCUGUUCCCUUUGUGGCGGCUCGACUCUAUAAAGUAGGAGGCGGGUUCCUGAUCACUUCUGGGGUAUUACUUGCAUUGCUGAUUGUGCUCUUCGUCAUGUGGAAGGAGUUUGCUGCCGACCUUCAGAGGUACAUUCUUCUUGAAAGGAGCCAGGCCUGUUUGCCCGAAACUCAUACUCAUGUCUAUUAUGGAUGGUCCUUUAUGUUUGCUGCUGCUGGUACACCACUUGUCCUCCUAUCUGGUCUGCUGUUCCUUUGUAUUGGAAGAAGCCUUUGCGUAGAAGAGAAAUAAAUGAUAAAGAACUGGCAUCAUAUAAAAAACUAUUCCUCAUUGUAGAUGUGGGCACAAAACAAUCCAGAGAAAGAACUUUUUAUGUUCAUAUUCUUAAGCAACCUGCUGCGAAGCUUAUAAUUACAAUAUUAAGAAAAAUCCUGCUAUCAAAGAACAAUAUAGCAUAGGUAAAUAAACAUUCAAUAAUAUGGUUUAAAAAGGGUAGAGGUGUAUGCUCUUUUUUCAGUAUUUAUUCUGCAUAAAUGUUUAGUUGUAUGUGUCCAUCCAGGCUUACCUUUCCUCUAGUGAAACAACAUUAGAAAGGAUGAGAAUGAGAUUUCUCUCAUUCAUAUUUUUUGAACUUAAGACCAUUCAGGUUAUGCUAAACUUAAAAAGACAGAAUCUCUGGCUCUGGAAGGAUUGAGCUUCCACAAAUGCUAUGAUGUUUUUGCAAAAAUAUUUUUAAGGGCUUCUAAGAAGAGCAGAGAGGUCAUUUAAAUAAUGCCUAGGGUAGACAUUUCUGUACUGUGCCAUCAGGUUGCUAAUGUACUUACUGUAUUGAUGCGCCUCUAGAAAAUAAGGUACAGUUUUAUACUUUUAUUGGGCCAGAUAACAAACAAACGAGAAAACUUUAUUUUAUGGGUUAUCUCUUGAAAACUAAUGGGCGAGAUUGAAUUUGAGAAGAAAAAAAAUACCAUAGUGGUUUAAUUUAUCCAUAUGUCAUCAUGGGCUAACACAACACAUUAUGUAGGGGAAAUAAUAUAAUAUUCCUUCCCUGUGGGAUUGCUGAUAAUGGUCUUAUCCAUGGUUACUGGUCGGGUUUAAAUUAUGGUCUUGACAGUGAAGCCAAAUUUAGGAAGCUGAGGAAUUUUACAUUUCGUAACUUAUACAACAACUGAUCCUCCUAAGUGCACAAAUGAUACAACAUAUAACACUUUUUGUUCCAAUGAGUACUUUCAAUUGAUAGUUUUGAGUGGACUGUGUAUAUCUCAACUUUUCUAAGUAGUAGAACAUUUUCCACAUUAAAAGGAUGCAGGGGGAUGAGCUCAAUUAUAAGGACUUACUGUAUUUUGUUUUAGUAAACUCACAGACCCAUGCAUACUCACAGCAUUGCAGUAAAUAAACUACACAAAAAUUUGGAGAUGGGCUUCUCAGUUAAAGUAUACAUGCCAUUCAGACUGUAUUUUUGCAUAAAUAAAGUUGAAAUCUUGAGUAA